UUAUCAGAGGCAAAGUGAAAGACGAAAAUCAUAAAGUAUUGUAGUCCAAGGCUAUGAAUUCUGAAGACUUGCAUUGAUCUUAUCCUAUGAGAUAUACUGUGCACAUUAAAAGGUAACAAACUAAGACAAAAAAGCAUUGAAUUAGAUUAUGGGAUCAUUGUUUGGGAAAUAGGCUUGAAUGACAACAGCACAUCUGGCAACAAACAACCCGAUUUUUAAAAAGUUUGGACAUCAGAGCAACCUAGAGGGAGUCAGAAAAGGAGGUGCAUAUGAUAGGGGUCCCAGUGACGGGCAGGAGGGACAAUGGGAGGCUGAGUUAAAUACUCUGGUGCAUUCUUCUUCCCAUCACUCUGAGCCUCUACAGGACAUCUCCAAACUCAGCAGAGAAAGGGGAAUCUACAUUGCCAAGAUGCCGGAGCAAGUACAAGAGAAGCGAAAGUCGAAGAUCUCGGCCUCCCGUAAGCUCAUGCUCAAGAGCUUAAUGGUGGCCAAGGCGAAGGAGGAGAUCGAGCAGGAGUUAGUGGAUAAAGAGGAGGAGAAGGAGAGGUAUCUGACAGAGAGAGCKCCCGCCUUACAGACCGGUGGRAUGUCCUUUGCUGAGCUCCAGGAGUUAUGUCGGGAGUUACAUGCCAAGGUUGACGUGGUGGAUGAGGAACGAUAUGACAUUGAAGCCAAAGUCAUGCACAACACCAGAGAGAUCAAGGACCUGAACAUCAAAGUUUUGGAUCUGAGGAGGAAGUUCAAGCGGCCCAACCUGAGGAGGGUAAGGGUCUCUGCUGACGCCAUCUUGCGCUCCCUCCUGGGCUCCAAACACAAGGUCUCCAUGGACCUUCGGGCAAACCUCAAGUCAGUCAAGAAGGAGGACACAGAGAAGGAGAAGACAGUGGAGGUGAGUGACUGGAGGAAGAACGUGGAGGCCAUGUCUGGCAUGGAGGGAAGGAAGAAGAUGUUUGACGCAGCCAAAGGCYCCCCUCAGUAGACAGAGAAGAGAAUACUCCAGAUGUUUCUUUAAUUUCUAUUCAUCCUGAACAUUCAAAAUGCGUUAAUGGUUUAAAGUCUUGUUUCAGUGGCACUACAAUGCUUGUAUUUAUUGUUUUCAGCAAGGCUUACACAGUACAAGCUGUAUGCUGCUACAAUCACAAUGUUCUGCUUCAUCCUCACUGUUAAUAUUGGCCUGAGAAGAAAUUAUAGAGUAAAUGAUAGUUCAUGCAAUUCCACUCAUUUUGCCAUGGGGCAGAGAAAUAAUUUUGCUGUUUUAAAGCUUAUUUGCUUGCCUGACACCUGAAUUUAAUUCCGCUGCUCUAUCAAUCGCGUCAUACAUUGUCUGAAACUAGUCGAUUGUGCUGAUGCCAAUUUGUAUAAACCUUGCUGUCCGUCUCUCCGA